CCCCUCCUCUCCCCUGAAAACGUUUCAAAGUUUUAGAGCAGUGCAGAUAUUUCCGCUAGGUUACACGGAUUUUUUGUUUCUUAUCCAAGUGCUUCGUUCAUAGCUGGUUUACAACUUUACAAACAUUAAAGAAAAACAAAAAAAUAUAAGAUUAAGGCCUGUUAGUGCAAGUAUUUUUUAUUAAAUAUAAUUUCAAUUUUUUGUUUUCCUUUCUAAACUUCACUUCACUAUAUACAUAUAAAUUAUUAUUUAAAAAUAUUUUUUUUUUCUUGUGAUCAUUUACCAAUACUUGGGAGAUAAAUUGCGAAUUAUUAGUUUGAUUUGAGUAUAUUCCCGAAAAAGAAAUAUCUUGUGGCAGUUUACAUGUUAUAUAUUUUUGAUAAUUUAAAGAUGAUCUUUUCAAACCUGGGAGUGUGAUUGUAACUAUUAUGCCGUAAAGGAUUGCAGAUUUAUUUAUUUUAAAUAUAAAAUAAUAGUUAUUUUUUUUUUAUAUAUUUUAAAAUAUAUAUAUAUAUAUAUAUAUAUAUAUAUAUAUAUAUAUAUAUAUAUCUCAUGCCGUGGAUUCGAUUGGUUUUAAUUAGCUGUUGCAAUCCGUUCCAUUACUUCUGUGACGAACCUUUUUGAAGGAAAAAAAACCAAAUAAUUGAAAUACAAGUUAAAUUAAAAUUAAUAAAAACUCAAUAAUGUGCACAUUAAAAUAGGUUGUGUGUGUGUGUGUGUGUGAUUGUGUGUGUGAUUGUGUUGUUAGGGUCGGUGUAGGUUUUGGGGUGAAGCGGCAGGGCGCAUCGCUGUACGUUAUUUACUUUGAAGUGUCCUGCUUCCAAGCAUGCCAUGCUUUACGUUGCAGCCUUGCCCUUCCUCUAGGAUAGAAACACAAUAUAUUUCAUCAAUUAAAAAUUAUGAAAUGAAUCAAUAUUUAGGAGAAAAAAAAGAGGGACAUAUUUAUAGUUUCUUUGUUCAUACUCAAAGCAACAUUUAAAAAAAAAUAAUAAUUUGAAAAAAAAAAGACAAAUUGUUAAGAGACGAACUCGCUAUGCCAUCAAUAAAAAUAAAAGAUUACAAAAAGAUAUGUUGGUUUUGAAUGAAUAAAGUUGUUAUGUUUAUUUGAUUUUUUUUUAUCAUUUCACUCAUUAGAAGACGCAACUGUCUCUUUUAUAGCAUUCGCCCCAAUCUAAAAAUGGGUUCAUGUCUCGGGGGAAGCCUCUUGAGACUCGUUGGUAUCGGAAACCUGAUCAUCUUUAAUUUAGUUGCCGCUGUUCCACGAAACUCGACCUUGCUGUCGUGCACCCGAGGAGUGGACAAGACCGACUUUUUGAUCCAGUGCACCGGCUCUACCCCCUACAUCAAUAUCAGAAACAUCUUCUAUGGAGCCUUACACAUAACAAGGUAACAUUUUUUUUUCUCGACAAUACAAAUUAUUAAUGCUACUUUACAAAAUAGAUAUUUUAAAAUAUAUAUAUUUUUUAAAAUGUAUUUUGUAUUAAUAUUACAAUUUUUUUUUCCUCGGAAUUCACAAAGGUCGUGAAAUGAAAUGGUUGUGUCUAAGACUACAGGUUACCUAAACAAAAUUCACCAACCUCUGAGUAGGUUGAAUCUUUCAUGAGUUCCAUUGAUGCACUGUAAAUAUCUAUGACCAACAGAUUGGGGCUAUAAGGCUUGGUUAUAACAAGGUUUAUAAAAUAUUUAGUUCGUAAGAAGAAAUGUCAAAUCGGCUGAAUUUUUUCAGUUUUAUUAUUUCAAUUUUUUAUCAUUAUUAAUUAUUUUUUUUUUUUUUUUUGGUGAAUGCUCUUUUUUUUAAGCACUCAUAUAUUUAGAAUUAAACAAAAACACAGGAAAUGUACAGACAAAUUAGAAAGAUCAUUUAGGAUCUUUGAAAAGCUGACACCAAGCUCUUUCUAUUGUUUAACGAUUGUGUGCUUAUUCAGUGUAUUUAAACAUUUGAGCCUGGCAAACCUAUCUAAUCUCUCCAAUCUACUUUUAACAAAUGCAGGUCCUCUCUAUCGGUACAAAAUAUAGAAAGGAACAAAAAUUGUGAAAAUAGAAUAAAAGUCAUUUCAAAAAUUGUGCUCGGUGCUUGCUGGAAAGCACCGCGGAUAUCAAUCAAGCACCGUUGAUGGUGUUAUCAAUCAAUCAAUCAAUCAAUAAAUCACACGGUCUAAGACUAUUUUCAACAAAAUAUGAACGUGAUUAAAAAUGCAAUUUAAAGAAAAAAAGGACUUUUUAAAUUUAUAAUGUUAGUACAAGUACCUUCGCAGAUCAAACAAUGUAUUUUAUUUGCGCAAAAACAGAGCGUUGGAUAUUGCAAGCUUUCCAUAUUUAAGUCUAAUAGCAUUUCUUGUUCUUUUGAAUCCAAAGGUUAGGGACUUUGUGUUCCUUAGAGCAAGUCCCAUUGAUAAGAUCAUGCAUCAUUUAUCAGAUUAUCUAGGCCAGAUUUGUAUUUGCUUCUGUCAGAUUUUUAAGUUUGCCAGUAAGGCAAACUAGCGAUCAUAUUUGGCGAACUUUGACAUGCUCUUUUUGAUGACCCAACACUCUCCAUAUGUGACAUGAGUACACGCGCAGACACUCUGAAUCCCUAGCAUGUCGAUUUGGAAAAAAAAUAAAGAAAUAAAUCGUACCAAAAAAUGCCAUGAAAAGGUAAACCGCGGUGGUAGUUGAUGACAAAAUAAAUCAUGUUCACGUGUAGAGUUCUAAUCAACAAACAUUCUAAUCAACAAACAUUCAAAUCAACAAACAUUCUAAUCAACAAACAUUCUAAUCAACAAACAUUCAAAUCAACAAACAUUCUAAUCAACAAACAUUCUAAUCAACAAAAAUUCUAAUCAACAAACAUUCUAAUCAACAAAUGUACAAUACUUAAGGGUGUGUUCUCCUUUGAUGUCUCUCUCUCUGGCAUUCUUGUGUUUCGAGAAAUGUAAAUAAGUCGCACUAUGUAAAUGUGUCGUGCGGUGUAAAUGUGUCGCACCAUGUAAAUGUGUCAUGCGAUGUAAACGUGUCGCACGAUGUAAAUGUGUUGUGCGGUGUAAAUGUGUCGCACGAUGUAAAUGUGUCGUGCGGUGUAAAUGUUUCGCACGAUGUAAAUGUGUCGCGCGAUGUAAAUGUGUCAAACGAUGUAAAUGUGUCGCAUGGUGUAUAUGUGUCGAACGAUGUAAAUGUGUCGCGCGACGAUGUAAAUGUGUCGCACGAUGUAAAUGUGUCGCGCGGUGUAAAUGUAUUGCACGAUGUAAAUGUGUCUCGCGAUGUAAAUGUGUCAAACGAUGUUAAUUUUUCGCGCUGUGUAAAUGUGUCAAACGAUGUAAAUAUGUCGCGCGAUGUUAAUAAAUCGCACGAUGUAAAUGUGUCGCACGAUGUAAAUGUGUCACGUGGUGUAAAUGUAUCGCACGAUGUAAAUGUGUCACGUGGUGUAAAUGUAUCGCACGAUGUAAAUGUGUCACGCGGUGUAAAUGUGUCACGCGAUGUAAAUGUGUCGCGCGAUGUAAAUGUGUCGCACGGACGGGGAAAAAAUGCGAUUUCAUGAGUAAAGCAAAUUUUUUUAAGACUUAAAAAAAAACAGAAAACCUAGCUGGAAAUGAAUUAAGAUACGUUAUGGACCACAUGGUUCAAAUGUUGUACUAAAUUGAAAUCAAAACUUUACUACCAAGAUUGUGUGACGAGAUGGGGGUCAAAAUCUAAAAAAAAAAAAAAAAAAAAAAUAUUGAUAGUACACUGAAAAAAUGUUUGGCUCUGAAUAGGUCACGUGACUGUUCAGGAACUAAAAGAAAUGAUGUCUCAUUUUGUGAAAGAGAACGAAUCAAACUGAAUUUUAGGAUCUGUUGAAAACGUACUUGUUUGUAAAAAGUUGAAACAACGGUGUAAGUAAAGUUAGAUUCUUACUGCAAAGAAAGAAUCUGGACAUUUUGCGAAAAAUGUCGCCCAUUCCGAUAAACAAAAAACAAAAAAAAGGUAUUUUUCCACCCCCAGCCGGAGUUCCCCUCCCCCUCCCAAUCUUUUCGGAGAUCCUCCUUCCGACCCUUCCUUAUCUAAUGAUCGACAAAUCUUGAGCAUUCUGGGAUAUUUGAACAUUUAAAACAAAUUAAAACUGAAAUGCAAAAAAAAAUAUUUUUUUUAAAAUGAUAAAAUGAAAGAGAUAGAUCGAAUGCGCCCGAUGGAAAGCAUGAUAUUGAUCUGGAAAUGAAAAUGAAAGUAGCAAAUUUGAAAAUGUAAUCCGUGACAGCCCAGUUAGAGCUAAAAUUUGUUAUGAGCGUCAUAAUUUUGGAACAUUUGACAGUUUGGAAUAUUUGACAAAUAGGAAUAUUUGGCAGUUUGGAAUAUUUGACAAAUAGGAACAUUUGACAUUUUGGACCAUUUGACAUUGCUUCUAACAUAAAGGCAAAGUUCACCGUAAUUCUCCCACGCUAACAUCCAAGACUGUGAUAAGUUCAGAUGUCGAAUUCUGUCAACCAACAAAUGAACUUUUCACAUAGUGAACUGAACAAACAAAUGAUCAGAAUCUGUUAACUGAUCAAUGAAAGGGGGUUGAUUUGUUGUAAAAGUUCAUUUAUAAUGUUCAUUUAACUGUAAUGCGUCUAUUAUAAUAAAGAACUUUUAUGAUCCUCCUCCACUACCACUCUGUACUUUUUGCCCACCCGUCUGCAUGUCUGUAUAUAUGUCUGUCUAUCUGUCUGUCUGUCAGCAUUUGAAUACAUAUUAUAUAAACCAUCCAUCAAUAUUGCAACACUUGUAAUUUAUUCUUCUAAAUUUAAUAACGAUACAUUUUUAAUAACGAAACAAUUCGAAAUUUCAAAUUUGUCUUCUUUUUUUUUUUUCAGCCCUUGCAACGGAGAAGCGUCCUAUGACUCCUGCUGCGGCAGGGGCGUCGCUAUACCAGAAUGCGUCUUUCAUUCCAACACGGACCUCAGUACGAUUUCCGACCGGUGCGUCGUCAACCAAUGCGAGGUGGGGCCCGGCUCCAGCAUACGAACCUACGGACGCUGUGACCCGGAGAACUACCCGCAGCUGACGUCAUUCAUGUUCGUGGAAUACGAAUGCACCGCCGCACGGCAAACCACACCGCGCGCCCCUGCAACGGCGCGAUGGGACACCCCGACCCCGUGGGUCCUCCCGACAACGACGGAGUACCGCACGAAGCUGACCCCGGGAGGCCAGGCCGGAGUCAUCGUCUUCAUCAUGCUGGUCAUCAUCGGGAUAGCUGCUGGCAUCACCGUCUACAAGCGGUGGAAGUACGGCGCCCCCGAGGACAAGUGGAAGUUCUUCAGCAACCCCCCACACCUGUCGGCGUCCCAGCAGGACAUUCCCAAAGUGAUCCCCUGGGUGUCGGGAGAGGCCAGGGAGCAGAUUUACAAAACUUAUAAUGAUUUCAUUAACCACAACGACCGGAAACAGAUCAAGCGGCAAAUGAUCAAUGCUAAUUCUUUUGAGACUUUUAUAGUUUAAUCGAGCAUUAGAUAUUCGAUGGUUAACACUAAAGCAUUGUAUAGCCCCUAGAUCUUAGAAAAAAAAGGAUUACUAGAACCUAGAUCCUAAACAGUAUCACUUCACUUUAGAUGUUAGAAAAAGUAUCACUAGAACCUAGAUGUUAGAAAAAGUGUAAUUAAAACCUAGAUGUUAGAAAAAGAAAAAGUAUCAUUACAACCUAGAUCUUAGAAGAAGUAUCACUACACCUUAGAACGAUGUAUCACUACAAACUAGAUGUAUCACUACAAUCUAGAUCCUAGAAAGGGUAUCACUGCAACCCAGAUCUUCGGAAAAGCAGUGCUUUAUUAAAAGUCUGUAAAAUCUCCUUGUAGUUCAGAUCUAUGGUAAGCCCAUGCGCUGAUGUCAAACCAAAAAAAAAAAAAAGCUACCAAGUUUAACCGAUGUUGCAUGCAGAAGCGUAGCGUGGUGGGGGCAGGGGGGCAGAUGUCCCCGGGCGCCAGCUAGUUAGGGGCGCCAAAAUGUGCUUUGAUAUUAUUUUAUUGAUGAAAAUAAUGGGUUUGAGAGUUGAAAAAAACGAAAAAGGGGCGCUAAAAAUGGAUCUUGUCCCUGGGCGCGAAUCUUGUCCCCGGGCGCCAAACACCCUCGCUACGCCACUGGUUGUGUGUAUUAACAAAACUCAACUAUAUACUGGGAUCAACUACAACCUGAUGAACUUGCGAUGUACUAAUAGAGUGUGUGGUCUUAUUUUUGUAAAUAUGUACACAUUUUAAAAACUUGAAUUGAUG